AUGCAGUCUACUUGCCAGCAUGGUACCUCUGAGCUCCAGCUGAGAGUGGACUUCUUUCGGAAGCUGGGCUAUUCGUCACAUGAAGUGAAGACAGCCCUGCUCAAACUAGGCCUGGACACGGACACGAACGCUGUGCUUGGGGAGCUGGUCCGCUCCGGAGCCAGGGACUCACCGACAGCCAGUCAGGAGAGUGAUGAUGGGGGUUCUGGACUAAGGAAGCGUAACGGAGGUGGAUCCAGUAAGGAGAUCAAUCAGGAUGCUCGGCGUUCACCGGCUGAGGACGACACAGACAAUAACUUGAAACCCAUUGUCAUUGAUGGAAGCAAUGUAGCCAUGAGUCAUGGAAACAAGGAAGUUUUUUCGUGCCGUGGAAUAGAGUUGGCAGUUAACUACUUCCUUGAGAGAGGACACAGGAGCAUCACGGUUUUUGUCCCCUCCUGGCGCAAAGAACAGCCCAGGCCUGAUGUACCCAUUUCAGAUCAGCAUAUUCUGGAGGAGCUGGAAAGAAGGAAGAUAGUUGUAUUUACACCCUCACGACGGGUGGGAGGCAGGCGUGUGGUCUGCUAUGAUGAUCGGUUUAUCGUUAAACAUGCUUAUGAGCAGAGCGGAAUCAUCGUGUCCAACGACACGUACCGAGAUCUUCAGAGUGAACGUCCUGAAUGGAAACGCUGUAUUGAGGAGCAGUUGCUCAUGUACUCCUUCGUCAGUGACAAGUUCAUGCCACCAGAGGACCCCCUUGGUCGUCAUGGCCCAAACUUAGAUAAUUUCCUCAGAAAGAAACCUCUUUUACCGGAUGUAAAACGGCAGCUUUGUCCUUACGGAAAAAAAUGCACAUACGGAAUCAAAUGUAAGUACUACCACCCUGAGCGUGCCAACCAGUCACAGCGCUCUCUUGCGGAUGAACUGCGUGACAAUGCUCGUCUGUCCAACUCCAUCCAUCCCAGUACAGAGGAGAACCGAAGAUCAGAAGCUCCCCUCAGAGGAUGCUUCCAGUAUGAUCAAGGCGACAGCUCCGUUUUGCCCUCUUUGGAGCAGGAGCUUGAAUACAAGCUACGCCUGGAGUCUGGGCUUUCUGUUCUGAGGAACCAGCUUAAUGAGGACAAAAUGAACCACUGGGAUGACGCUCACACCAGCAAAUACAAGGCCAGCAUCCAAACUAGCAUCACUCAUCCGAACUGGACUGGUCAGCACUCGUCAUUUCUUACUAACAAUUCUUCUGUGUUUAGUUCAGAUUCUGGCCUCGGCUCCUAUGAGAACUAUUUUUCAGAGGUGUCACAAAGACCUGAAAAUUCAUACAGAGUCAGCUCUAGAAAUCAUGGCUUUUAUGAGCUGGAAGCUUCUGUUGAGCCAUCUGUACAACCAGGAAUCCAUCACUAUCUUCCAUCACCACAUCCAUCCAAUUGCUUUGGUUAUGGCGCACUCCACUUCCCAAGGCCCGGCUCCCAUCACCCCUACAGUCUGCCUGAUUAUCUACAUCCUGACGGGAUCCAUCCUGGGCUGCCAAAGAGUUCCUCAGAUACACUGUGGUACAGUCAGAGUCGAUCAGCUUAUAGUUUACCUGACCCUCUGAAUGACAUUAGUCCCUAUGGACCUGCUGAGGCUUACAGAAGCAGCCAGACUGCACUUAAUCCACAGACUGUCUCUUUUAAGGCCGAACGAGAAGAGGCGAGGAAAAAACUACAUGCCAUUUUUAAUCCAUUUCACGUGGACAAGGUCAUGGCUAUGUUCCCAAAGCUAAAAGAUGCCGAACAACUCGCGGCAGAAAUUCUGAAGCUCAAAUCCAAAGGAGAACUGUAUUAACAGUUCAUGCACUAAGUUGAUGAAAAAAGAGGCUUUAAUAAAAGCAGACAUAGUUUUAACUUAAGGUAUAAAAGUUGAACGAUGAAAAUGUUAGCAAUUAUUGCCUAUUUUGUUGGACUGUUGUUCUUUCGCUUUUGAACCAAAAGCUUUUGUCAUGAAUUUUACCUGAAUGAUACAUCACAUAGUAAAUGUGAUGAGUAUGUAUGACACAAAUGUCAGAUUAUUCCUGAGUACAGCCUUUGUACCACUGAUGCUUUAAACAAGCAUUUUUGUUGUUGCUAAAAACUUGUCAUCGAUGCACAUUGCAUCUUUUAGUACAUCUAAUUUGCCAUGGUAAUCAAAGGAAUCCAUGAUCCUUAAAUCCUUGGAAGAUUAGUAUUAAUUAAUACCUGUCAGU